UUGCGCGUGUAAUUUAUCUUUCUCCGCAUCGAAUCUUUAACCUAUCUUAAACCAACUGGUUUAGCUGGUUAAUAACGACGAUAAUAAUAAUAAUAAUAAUAAUAAUUUUCAAGAUGCCGGUAGUAAUUCGGUGUCACGAUCGAAGUCGAAACGAACCAGUCCGCUUUCCGAUCGACGUUGCUUUAUCCGAAGAAAGGUAAUACGCGUACGCUAACAAGUUCGCGUAGAAGGCUACUUUUCUUACGUAACUUCGUGCGGUUGACCGUCACUGUGUCCGUUCCACCGUCGCAUCGAUAACGACUUACGUUAACGUUUACGUUGAUGCGCUAAAAGUGGCGCUUAGCCACUUGGUUCGGAGCCGAAGAAAAAGAAGGAGGAAAAAAAGUAAGAGGAAAAAAUAUCGUAGGGCGAGCGUGCUUUAGUCAAGGGUAAAGGAACGAAAGAGCAAGGGGAGGUAGGAGCAUGUCCCAUAGCGCGAUCGGUUCCCUUCUCGUGUUACGCCACGCAGUCUGUGUUUCGUUGUUUCGCGGCUCGUGACGGCUGACAUGUAUCACGAGAGCCUCACGAAAGAAACGGACUUGCGUAAAUUUCGAUGGAUGCCUCGGUGAAAAGCUUUUACCGAAAGAGAAUUCCCGAUGCCUGUAUUUACGUCGUUGUCGAAUUUCGUCUCGUUUAGUUUUGUUUCGUUCGUGGAACGAGGCUGCGAACAUAUCGCGUAAAAUAGAAAAGAAAGUUGAAAUUUAUUGUUUAGUUAUUUAAAUUUACUAUGGCAGUAUCGCGUCGUUUACUAGCAUAGACUAUAGUCCGAUUAUACGAGUGCACGCGUGGAAAUGAAAUAAACAUACGUUAAAGAAAUACAAAUGCGAUUCCACGCUACAGGUCGGCGCAAGAUACACUUAAACGAAGUAUUUUUAGCGAAAGAGACGAAGCGGUCAGCGUAGCAAUUUGCAUAAUUAAGGAUACGGUACAACGGGUCCAAACAACCGUACCUUGAACGUAUAUCGCUGACAUAAAAAAAGGUUAUACGGGUAACAGCAUUUGGUACAGAGAGAAGUCGACGUACGUUAAUGAACAAACGAUCAACGAUCGAUGGAAAGUGACAUAUGGAACGGGAAUUGCGAUUGGAAUUACGACCUUUACAACGGUUCCUGAUGCGUUUCUCAAAAGACGAGCAGCGUCGCGCAACAACUCGAGUAAAAGUAGACGAGCGAGUAAACCGCAAAUACGACCGAUACAGCUACUGCAGGCAUAGUUGAUCCUGUACAGAAGCGUGCGGAACAAUGGAACAUUUAAUAAUGGAAUAAUGGAAUAAUGGAAAAACGGACGUGGAAAAUUUCUUGGCAGCCUGUGUAGUUGUUUACGAUGUCACAGGCAAGCGUAACGUCGGCCAUGAAUCUACGUCGUUGGAACGUAAAAGAUCCGAGGGAUGUUAAGAAAUAAAAAUUGAAAUCGAUGCGAAAUUUAUGUGGCGAUCCUCGUUUUUCUUCUCUUCUCUUUCCUUAUCGUAACGCGUGGACUUUACCGAGAGUUGCGAGUUGCACGCUCUUCUCCGAAACAAAUAUGUCAUUUUUUAUCAAGAUGAACGAGCGUGGGGGUCGCGUGGACGGAGUAGCAGUAAAGUCGCGCCGAUCGCUGCGCUCGCGUUCUCGUGUCUCGCUAAAGUCUAUUUUCUUAAUUUAUAGAUACGCGGUCGUAAUUGGCAGCUUUCAAGAUUCAUAAACGUUUUUUCCCUUUUCGGGACGUUGGUCCGAUAGGCUGGUCGGAAAGUUAAUGGGGCUAAACGAAUACGAGACCGAGGAUAGAGCCGUGUUCGACCAUAUUUUGGUAAAAAACACGACAGAAACUCGAUACCUAGCAUACUCGUAGCCGCGUCCUAUUAGCUUCGAACGGAUUCGACUUGGUCGCAACUCGACCGUUCCCAACGAUCGCGACGCUAUAUAUCUCUAUAUAACCAAAUAGAUGCGCGCCACGUUUCUUUUUACGAUCGCGUAUUCGUCAGGCGCAGAGAAACGCGAAACACGUAGCUUCUUGCCUGUACUUAUACCGUGCCAAUACUUGGAUGAUCGUCGAUCGUCGAUUCGUUUUCACGUAUCGUUCGUAGGUUCGUAGUUUCUAAGUUCAUAUUCGUUUUAUCGUGGUUCGCCCUUCUGUGAACUCGUUGCAAAGAUGGUCGGCAUUGUUUCCUUGUUUGGAGACGCCGUUAACGAUUCUAACCGCUACGUUUCUCUUUUAUUCUCUCUUUCCUCUUUCGAAGGGCGAGCAGUCCGCUGCAAUAUUUGCUUUCCUUCCUUUCUUCCUCGCCUGCUUUUUCUUUUCUUUUCUUUUAUUUCCUUUUCUUUUCCUUUCUUGCAUCGCGUACGGAUCCUUCUCGGUACGGGUAGGUCGUGCGUGGACGCGCCUUCUUUUUACACCGUUCCAGGUACAGCGUUGGAUACACGUCCGUCAACUCUACCAUGGCAAAAGCUAAUCGCGCGUCGCAUUCUCCCUCUUCCUGGUCCCACGAGCGCAAUUCUAAAUUAUCGCAGAUUUACAACUACGGAUCUACGAUUUGACAAGCUUAUUUUUUAACGACAGAUACAGAUGCACCAGUCGAGAUACAGAAACGAAGAACCGCUGAGAUAAACGAGGGUUACCGACCGCCUCCGUUCCUCUACCACCGUCGUGCAUGUACUUACUUACACAUAUUCACGUACUCUAAAACCCUCUCUCCAUCCCCUCAGCUCGAUGCGAUAUCUAUCUAUCCACUGGUUCAAUUGGAAAACUCCUUCGGAUCGAGGAUAUCUCGAUCGGGCCUGGUAGAAUCACCGUUUCGCGAAAACCUAUGCCGUAAUUGCCCGUAAUUGCCCCUAAUUACCCGUAAUGGUCGUGUGUGCCGUGCUAUUUUGUAUUUCAGUCUCUGUUUUACUUCGAACGAUAUCCGCGUCGUUACGGCAGGACGAAGUAAACAAAGCAGUUAUUUAAAGCCCGAGAUUCUCCGUUCGGUCAAGUCGAAAACACCUAGCCGGGUUUUCUGUCGAACAGGUCACGACGAGAACGUAUACCGGUCGAUUGGCGUCGAACGUAAAGCUGGACGAUCGAGAUCUGUCCGCGUAAGGAACGUUCGGUCUUUGUACAAUGGCGUUGUUGUUCUAUCGCGGAACAUACCCGUCGUUGCUGCUCUACUUGAAACGCGCCACCAUUCCACGCUAUUCUACUUUGUUCUAUUCAAUUUCGCGUCGAACCACGGUUUCAGAAGGGAGGUCCACGCUAGCCUUAGCUAAUCGUUCGUCUUGUUGUUCCGCAGCGACUGUACCGCAUCGAUGCUUACGUAUAUCAUCCUCUUCUUGUAUAUCUAGCCGUAAAAAGGGAUCGAUGAGUCGAAACAAAGUUAUUCUAUCGCAUCGUAAAGUGUAUUCUCGGAGGAAGCGGCGAGAUCAUGGGAAAGGGAUAAAGGAAGGAAAGAAGGGAAAAUAAGAGCGGAGAAGAUGGGAGGAAAAGGAUAGGGUGAGAAGGAGGGAGCGAGAAACGGGGAGAGGAUGAAGAAGGUCGAGAUAAAGGGACUAUUCAAUCUCUGAAAAUCUCGUCGUAAACCGCAUCGAUGUGCGCCGUCUUGCUCGUCUACGUUGCGGAUAACAGUGAACGUUUUUAUGGGGCCAAGAAGAUAAGAGCAACCUCUGCCCCCGUUGUACAAAACAUCUUCCGCUCGGCCAACGGAAUCUCUUUCCUCGCUACCACUUCUAUGGGGAACGUUAACCUCGUUUCUUUGGCUGAGAGCAUUGUAAGAACCGCGCAGCGAAAGAACGAUGAAAUAUUCGACGGCUCUCGGCUAAGAUUUACGACGCGCCUAUGUAUAACGCAAGGGUGGUCUCUCGUAGUCUUUUCGCGUACGCGUGUAACGAGCCAAUACUCGGUAACGAACUCGCUCACAGCCGCUGGCUCAACGAUAAAAGGACGAGAUGGAGGGAAAGAAACAAUGUCGGAGAGAUCGAUCGAUCGAUCUGGUUUUCGAGAUACGCGUUCUUUGCUUUAGAAGGGCGACGUUGAUUCCACGCAGCAACUCUACCAGCAAUUAAUGGAACAGAGUUGACGGAAUACAUGGACGAGACGGCGGCGGACUACGGCACUGAAAGGAAGACGAGAUGCGUGAAAGCGGUCGGGGAGAGCGUGGAAGGUUACGACGACCAAGGAUCGAUCAGGCUGAUGCGAAUCGAGAGCGGGAGAUCGGUAGCCGCGCAACUUUUUCGACAACAGCAACAACUGGACGACCAGGAGAGGGAACGGCAAAGGCAACGACAACGGCAACCGCAACCGCAACGCCACCAACAGUUACCUUACGAAAAGCAUGGAACCGAAGAAGGCGGGGACAUGGUAGGCGGGCUGGAGGCGGGACAGCAGGAAAUUGAAAAUGGCGCGGUCGAAGAGGCGAGUAACGCCGAACCGGUGGUUACGAUUCUCGUCUCGACGGAACAGGAAAACGACGUCGACGCCGCUUACGGCGUGCACUCGCUCAACUUCGUCAGCCAGGAUUCCGACGUCGGAGAAAGGGGUUAUCGCGAUCAGAAUUCGGGCGAGUACGGGGGCGGCGAUUCCUCGAAACAGGAGGAGCAGCAACAACAGCAACAGGUCUGCCAACCCCUUCACCAGCAGCAUCACCAACAACAGCAGCGUAGGCAGCCGCAGCCGCAGCAGGACCACCACCUCCACAACCCCCACUACGAUUACGACCACGACCACCACCACCACCACCACCACCAACACCAUCGGUCGGAGUACGUUCAACUAGGGGCGAGAGAAGUAUCGGUUACCGAGGGUGGGGAUAACGGACGGUCGGGCGAGGUCUGCGCGUUGUCGGAGGAAAAUCGGGCCGGCAGUCACGCGCUUCGCUCUACCAUGCAUCGUUAUGGUAGCGAGUCGCUCUCGCCGACCGCGACCGAUCACCACCACCACCAGCACCAUCACCACCACCACUCUCAGCGCCACCACCAUCAACAGCACCAUCAUCACCAACAGCAGCAGCAGCAGCAGCACUUACAAUCGGACGCGACCCAACAAAGUGUGGUGCUCUCUUCGGCAAGUCAUCGUCACUUGGAGGAACAAGAGUCACAGUCGCACUCGCAUUCGCUCUCGCACUCGCACUCGCACUCGCAAUCGCAAUCGGUGCCGCAUCAAGAGACGGACGAGGAUACGGAGAGAACGAGUGGAAUUACCGCAGCCAUGAGAGGCGCUCGUGGAGAUUUUACCCUUGGUAUGCUGUUUCCGAAUCUCAGCACCGCCGGUGCGACCAGUUCGGCCAGCGACGUCGGUGCGAACGACGGCCAUCAGCAACAGCACGGUCACCAUCAUCAUCAUCAUCAUCAUCACUUGGAAGAGGUGUUGCCGGAUGCCGCGUACCUCCAACAUCAGAUACGUGCAAGCGGAGGCGGAGGAGGUACCGGUAACGGUAACAACGGCGGUGCAGAUGGCGGGGGCGGAGGUGGCUGUGGCGCGGAGGGUAAUAGUGGCGGUGGUACUGGCAGCGGCGGCGGAGGUUCACCGACUCUCCGAACCGGCAGUUCACCGGGUUCCAGUCGCAGUCCGCACGACGAUCAACAACUGUCGUCGCCACACCGUCAAGGACAAUCGGAGGGAGGAGGAUACAGCCCGAGCGAGCAUGGUAGGCAAUCGUACGCUCACUUGACCGCUAUGCAGCCGCCGUCUUCGGUUCAGGCCAACCACGGUCUCGGCCAGGACACCAGCGAUCGCGUAUCCGAUCAGCUGUACAUGGACUCGAUAUACGCUCAUCACACGGUAGGAACGCCUCAUCAUCAUCAAGAUCACGAGGCAGGUUCGUCGACGCCGCACUCGCCUACAGGCCCGCUUUCCAGUCCGUUGUAUCGUUCGAUGAGCAGCGUGACCGGUAUGGCCGCGGCCAGCGCGACAGGAACCGCUGGUGCUUACGGGCUUCCUUACAUGACCGGCAGUCCCACGGAAUUGACCGCCACGCCGCAGCAGUUAUGGAACGCGCAAGGCUUAGGGACGACAGGCCUUUCCGCAAUUUCCGAGGAUUACGGCAGUAGCGGCAAAUCGUCGGGUACGGUGACUCAUCAGGCCCUGCCAGCCUUUUCACAACCGUUCUGCGGCAGGCCGAGUUUUCGAGGAUACAGCCCGUCUUAUUCGACGCAGCAGAACACCACCGGAGUAGGAGCCACCGUGGAACCUUCGACCUGGAGCUACGGUUCGCCUUCGAACGACACCCUGGCCACUCAAUAUGCCGCUCCUUCCAGGCGACAACCUGUCGUCAACUCUCCGUCGACCCCGGCGCAACAUCAGCUGACAGCCACCGCCAGCCUUAGCGCAAUGCACAACAUCGAGGCGGAAUACUUUACGGAGGGCCGCGAGUGUGUAAAUUGCGGCGCAAUUUCCACGCCGCUGUGGCGACGAGAUGGUACGGGCCACUACCUGUGCAACGCGUGCGGUCUCUACCACAAGAUGAACGGAAUGAAUCGACCCUUGGUGAAGCAGCCACGGCGAUUGUCCGCUUCGAGACGAGUGGGCACGUCGUGCAGCAAUUGCCAAACGACGAUGACGUCGUUAUGGCGCAGGAACACGUUAGGUGAGCCCGUUUGCAACGCAUGCGGGCUCUAUUUCAAAUUGCACGGCGUGAACAGGCCUCACGCUAUGAAAAAGGACAGCAUUCAAACCAGGAAGAGGAAGCCCAAGAUGAAAUCGACCGAUGCGACGGCGAUCGCCGGCACCGUAGCAUCCUGUACAGGCAACGGUGAGGUGGUUCUCGAGGGAGAUACGCGCGGCUUCGUCCCUGGGCCCGGUGAUAUCGUGCCUAUGCCAGUUGGACGCGGACUUCGUAUGAUGGCACCGCGAGUCGAGUCCACGCGCUCCGGAACGUCCACCACGAUAGAGUGCGUUUCCGCGAGCCACGGCACCUCUGCUCGUCACAACGGAAACACCAGCAUCACCACCGCCAGCAGCAACAACAACAACAAUAAUAACAACAACAAUAACAACAACAACAACAACGUAAAAUUGGAGCCAGGCACGUACGGAGAACUGAGGAUGAACCACGCCGCAGUGCCUCAGGUGAGCUACGCCAGCAACCUGUACGGCAGUCCCCAGUCCGCCAGCCGAAUCGUCUCUUAUCAGUCGGAAAUGUAUUACGAUAUGAUCGCAUCGCAGCAACAACAGCCGCAGCAGCAGCAACAGCAGCAUCAACAUCAGCAACUGCUCGAGACCCACUCGCCGAAGGUCGAGUGCCCGUCACCUCCUUGCGCGAAUCGAUCGCCGGUCAUGAUAUCCGCGAGUCAUUCACCCGAUCAUCAUCAACUCGCCUCCCCGCAUAUUGUAACGCUUGGCAAUUCGUCCCCCAACACGGCGGCCACUAAAAUUAUCCUGGACAACGGUCACCUGGAUAGACCGACCGUUGUCUCGAUAUCGUCGUAAAGUCCGUUCGUCGGCCAACGUUCGACGCUGACGCGUCUCCAGCGUGGCCGCGAGAGACCGACGAGGACCUAUCGUAAUUUCGAAGGAGGUGCGAGAAAGGAGGAAAAGAGGGGGACGACGUUUGUUUGAUGAACGGGCACGAGAGACGAACGUUUAUCGCGGUUCGCGAGUCGAACAAGAGAGGAACGGAAGGAAACGAAAACGAAAAGGAAAUGUCUUUCGUCGUUUCCUUUCGUUCCAGCUGUUCUUUUGUUGGUGUGUGCGCUGUUCGAGCAGCAACCAACAACGGUAGAGUCGACAAGAAUGCGUAAACGAAUCGUUCGAUUCGUUGAAAGGAGGAGGUGGUCGCGUAGCGCGAGUCUAGUUACUUGUACCCUUCAUAGACCCGUUAUAAUCCUGAGAUAGGUGAAAGGAGUGAAAAAUCGGAGUACGUUCCGAUCGCAACGUUACGCGUACGUAGAAAGAAGUAAGGAAGGAUUUUGCUGAAUAUAUGUUGUUCGAAAAGAUUGUUUUGAGAGAAUGGCCGUUGGAAACUAUGCGUGUAAAUAGGAAAUACAUGUUAUGAGAAAGUAAUAAGCGUAGAUUCGAAGCGCGAGCUGUGCGCGUCGAAUCGAAAGCAUUGGAAAACUAAAAAUAAUCGUUAUCUAUUGCGAUCUAAUUGUAGCAUCGCGUCACCUUGCGGCGUUCAACUCGUUCAAAUGCACUACGACGUAUACGUAUAUAUAAUAUGUAUAUCACGAUACGAUGCAGAAAAUUGUAAUUUUAUAAUGCGCUACGAUAAUGUAAUUAUGUCGACGACUGAAUAUCGACGAUCAGCGACUAAAGGUCGCACGUUAUGUUUUAACAUGUUGGUAUAUUUUCAAAAUGUGCUGUAUCGAAUCGGUUAUUUUUAAAUAAAAAGGGAUAUUUAAAUCGGA